GAGCCCAAGGGAGUCUCAAAGUUUGUCUGGAGCCCCAGUGGGGAGUGGGCUUGUUGCGCGAGGACUUUCUUGGGAUGACCGCUGCCUUUUUGCCUUCCUUUUGGAUGCACAGCCCGAUUUAACCCCUGCACCUUCCGCCCGAUCCCAGCAGGCUUGUCCUCCCCGGGGAGACACAGAUCUCCGAGGACAAGGGUCGCGUAGCCUUCGGCAGGGCUCUCCCGAGUUCCUGCUCCAGUGCAUAAAUUCCACGCGCGCACACGCCAAGUACACGGGGAAAGGCGUCUCACCGGCCCGCGGAGGCUCUGCGCGGUCCCCUCCUGCCUCAGCAUCCUCGGCCCUGCGCGGCGCCCACCGCCAUGGAGGUGCUGGAGAGCGGGGAGCAGAGCGUCCUGCAGUGGGACCGCAAGCUGAGCGAGCUGUCAGAGCCCGGAGAGACUGAGGCCCUCAUGUACCACACGCACUUCUCGGAGCUCCUGGACGAGUUUUCCCAGAAUGUCCUGGGUCAGCUCCUGAAUGACCCUUUCCUCUCAGAGAAGAGCGAGUCAAUGGAGGUGGAGCCAUCUCCAACAUCACCAGCGCCUCUCAUCCAGGCUGAACAUAGCUACUCUCUGAGCGAGGAGCCCCGGACUCAGUCACCAUUUACCCAUGCGGCUACCAGCGACAGCUUCAAUGACGAGGAGGUGGAGAGUGAAAAAUGGUACCUGUCUACAGAGUUUCCUUCAGCUACCAUCAAGACAGAGCCAAUCACAGAGGAGCAGCCCCCAGGACUUGUCCCUUCUGUCACUCUGACCAUCACAGCCAUUUCCACUCCUUUUGAAAAAGAAGAGUCCCCUCUGGAUAUGAAUGCUGGGGGGGACGCCUCCUGCCAGACGCUUAUCCCUAAGAUUAAGCUGGAGCCGCAUGAAGUGGAUCAGUUCUUAAACUUCUCUCCGAAAGAAGCCUCCGUGGAUCAACUGCACUUACCACCAACACCACCCAGUAGCCACAGCAGUGACUCUGAGGGCAGCUUGAGCCCCAACCCACGCCUGCAUCCCUUCAGCCUGUCUCAGGCCCACAGCCCUGCCAGAGCCAUGCCCCGGGGCCCCUCUGCCUUGUCCACAUCUCCUCUUCUCACAGCUCCACAUAAGCUGCAGGGAUCGGGCCCCCUGGUCCUGACAGAGGAGGAGAAGAGGACCUUGGUUGCCGAGGGCUAUCCCAUUCCCACCAAGCUGCCCCUGACAAAAUCUGAGGAGAAGGCCCUGAAGAAAAUCCGGAGAAAGAUCAAGAAUAAGAUUUCUGCCCAAGAAAGCAGGAGAAAGAAGAAAGAAUACAUGGACAGCCUGGAGAAAAAAGUGGAGUCUUGUUCAACUGAGAACUUGGAGCUUCGGAAGAAGGUGGAGGUGCUGGAGAACACCAAUAGGACUCUCCUUCAGCAACUUCAGAAGCUUCAGACUUUGGUGAUGGGGAAGGUCUCUCGAACCUGCAAGUUAGCUGGCACACAGACUGGCACCUGCCUCAUGGUCGUUGUGCUUUGCUUUGCUGUUGCAUUUGGAGGCUUCUUUCAGGGCUAUGGGCCUUAUCCUUCUGCCACCAAGAUGGCUCUGCCCAGCCAGCAUCCUCUGUCAGAGCCAUACACAGCCUCCGUGGUGAGAUCCAGGAACCUGCUAAUCUAUGAGGAACACGCUCCCCUGGAAGAGUCGUCGAGCCCAGCCUCAGCCGGGGAGCUGGGGGGCUGGGACAGAGGCUCCUCUCUGCUCAGGGCAUCGUCCGGGCUUGAGGCCCUGCCAGAGGUGGAUCUUCCCCAUUUCAUUAUCUCCAAUGAGACGAGCUUGGAGAAGUCAGUACUGUUGGAGCUUCAGCAGCACCUGGUCAGCAGCAAACUGGAAGGGAAUGAAACACUCAAGGUUGUAGAACUGGAGAGGAGAGUGAACGCCACCUUCUAAGGAGAGCUCCACCCUCCUCUUCUCCUAACUCCAUCUGAUCGUCCUUUCAGUUUCCCCUUCACCACUGGAUUUCGAGGAGGAGAUGGACGAGUGUUAUGGCUUGAGACAGGAGGCCAGCCCAGGGGAUUCUGCUUGUGUGUCCCCGUAGCUCUCCACAAAAGGGAGCUCCAUCCCUUUCUCUUACUGCCAUUGGAAAUUAUUUUAGGGCUGAGAUAGGGGUGGAACGAGCAGGCUUGUUUCCACCAGUAGUGCCAAGAAGACACUGCCUGAUUCUUCCCUGGGAGGAGUGACUCCUCUGAAGAAGACAUGACUCAUGUUCAGUUGAGACCCCAGACUCUAGCCACACACAUGCCACAGACAUGCCAGGGAGUGGCAAAGCACUGACUCCUGAGCUCCCUUCCUCACUAGGACUCCAGUGUGAUCCCGCACUGAGAGGACCAAAGCGUCAUUGCAGUCUUCUCUCCACCCUGUACCCCGGAGUCCUGACUGGAUGCCUGCACAGGCAGACGGGGCUCCCACCAUAUUUUCAGGCCGCAAGUGCAAUUCCUGAAGGCAUCAGGCUCUUCUCUCCCAGGCUCUCCUGCCCACUGUGUUGUUUGUAGGACACCCCACACCCACUCAUACACAGCCUGCAUCUCCACAGGACAGUAGCUCUGUCUCCCUGGCCUCCCCUCCCCAUUUGUAAAUAGUAUUUAUUAGCUUGCUCAAGCUCCCAGCUGACCAUAGUGAAAAGAUCUCCCCUUCCAACCAGCAAAGUCUUCUGUUGGCCUUUGGAACAGGAGAGUCCCCAGAAUCUGGGACCCUAGUCUUUGUAGUCGAUGCCUUGUUUCCCCCAUUUCUUCUUUAAAAUUGGGGACCUAUAACAUCAUCGCUGUUGCGGAAUCCCCUUAGGCAUGUGUCCCCUGAUGGAUGAAUACAUGGGAAUGGUGGAUACUGUCUUCUGACUCAGGCUCUAGGCUCCAUGGCUUCCUCUCUCUGGUCCUGCCACACAGAAGGAAAGCCCUGUCCAGGAUAAUGAGCAUUGCUGACACCCUUGCUAGCUUGUCCUGCCUUCCUGCUUACCCCACUCCCUCACCUUCCUCCUUCCCUCUGCCCUCCAUCCACCUGCCUUAACUAAUCAGGGCUGGAGUUGGUCAUUUUUGUACACCCACAGUGGUACCUUUUACAGUCAGGUUUGGAUACUUUGCAGCUCAUCCAAAGAGACAUACUAAACCCUAAACUCUUUUUUGUUGUUGUUGUUGUUGGGUUUUUUUUUUAUGAUUAAAAAGUAAAAAUUGUAGUUUAAAAAAAUCCUUUCCUCUUUCAUACAAAUAAGAAAUGGAAAUUGCUCGUUUAUUGUAUAAGAUAGAAGAUUUGUUUAAAGUGUUUCCCCACCCCCAACCCCAGCUUGUAAGAGAUUUUAUGUAAGAAAUGUGCUUACACUUUGUAUUUUAUUUUUAGCAGCAGCUAAAAGGCCUGUAGUUUCUCUCUCUCUCUCUCUCUCUCUCUCUCUCUCUCUCUCUCUCCAUCAUCUUUGAGAUCAUUAGAGCCUGUAUAAAGGGGAUUAUGGCCCUGCCUUCUAUGUCACACAUACGAUUUGGUGUCAUUAGUGUUUGCUAUCAUGCCCAAUGAGUAGCUCCUUACUUGGUCUGCUCAGGGCAUCCUCGGGAAUGUUCCUUCCCCCCACUCCUCCCUCCCUCCCAUGGUGGGUUCCCAGAUGGCAGAUGGUCAAGCUCAGGGCUACUGUGAUCUUGGCAGCCCUCCUGUUUCAGGGCUGCCACCCUCCCUUACAGGGUGGUAUAUAGCCAGGGCUAUACAAAGAGGGUGGCUAGUGUCCUGCUUUUCUCUCUCUCUCUCUCUCUUCUCUCUUUCUUCUCUCUUCUCUCUCUUCUCUCUUCUCUCUUUAUUCUCUCUUCUCUCUCUUCUCUCUUCCCUUGAUCUUCCUGGGCCUGGCCCAUUCUGCUCUUUACAGUGCCAGAUAUUUAUACAUCAUAAACUUAGGAAAUGCCUAAAAGAGCCUAAGCAGGAAAAAUCCUAGGGUUAGGCAGUGUUUGCAUGAUGAGAGAGGAAGGGUUUGCCAUAGAGAGCUGAAAUGGGGAUUUAGACUGAUGUGUGCAUUGGCUGAGCUGAACCUUGGUCUCUUGAUGUCCCUGGAGAGCUGACCCCAUUCAUGCAGGAGGAGGAAGAAGGAAGUGUCCAGUCACAUCCUUAGUUCUCAGAGGACUUUAUUUUCCUCUCUACCUACUCUUUUGGGUGUCACUGUCUCCAGACAGCAGGGCCCUUUGUCUCUGGGAAAUUAGCCAUCCAGAAUAGAAUCUGUAACAAGAGACAUGGGACAUAAGCCAGAGAACUCAAACAGCCCUUUAAAGGAGCUCUCGGCAACCAACACUGCCACUCUAUGAGAAAACCCUCUGCCCUUUACUGCUGGCUUGCCAGGGAAGGGGACCAAGCCAGUGAUCCCUCUGGGAUGCUCAGUAGAGUCAAGGGACCCAGCAGAGAUGCAUGAGACAAGAUGGAUUGCGAGCAAUUAGUGGAUGUGUGCACUUUUUGUUCAGAGUUUAAGGCUAGGAUAUUGGUUUUUCCCACUGACGGAGCUGUCCUGCAAACCAGUCAAUACCUUAUGGCUAUGUCUGAAGGUUUUAAAUAGUGCUCGACCCAACACCUUGGACUGAAAUUUUGAAAAGUUUUGAAAAAAGACUGCUAGACUUAGAGAAGCCAGAACAAAUUCCACUGGUUAUAUUUUCUACCUUGUAAACAGGUCAGCACCCCCACUACUCUUUUUAAAAUCACUUUAGUGAUGGAGAUGUCUUGCAAAAGAUGUAGAGAACAAGGCCUCUUUUCCCUAGAUGAGACCUGAGGAACCCAGUUGCCCCUUCCCCCCAACCCCCUUUAAAGCUCCCAACUUGGGUCCUGUAAAUGGAGGUGUCAUCACCAUCACCAUCGCCAGCAUUGAGGAAGAGCCUCUGGAGUGUCAGGACUUUGCAGUGUAGCUCAUGCAAAGAGAGUGUUCUAUAAAAAUCUUGACAGCUGAACUCAGUUGCUCUUUCCUGGCAGAAGGUGGGGGUGGGAUCUAACAUCAGUGCAGGCAAAAUUAGAUAACCAUUUGGUUCAUAGAAAUGAUUCCAUGCCUUGGGAAGACAGAUUUGGGGCCGCAUUGUUUACGAACUAUACACACCAGGUUAAUAGACACCCCUUCUUAAGCACCAGCUCCUCUUGGGUGCCCCCAGAGUCCCUGCAACUGUUAUCCACAUACAACAGGGAUAUCAGACUGCUUUCUUCUUCGGGCUGGUACAGAAUCUGUGUCCAUCAUUUUUUACUACAGGUCUUGUUAAAAUUCUUUGCAGCACUUCGUGUCCCCUCACGUCCCAUGUGCUCAGACCCAGAAAAAGCAGAACAGAAUUAGAAGUGCCUCUGAGCUUUGUGAGGUGUAUGUGCAAGCCCCCAUGGAGAAAUGGAGACAUCUUGUCCCCACCUGAGGAGUGGACAUCUGCCUGAUUCUUGCCAACAUGAGGGGCGGAAAUGGGAGAAAAAGCUUUUAGUUGCUAAUUUGUUUCCACUGAGCCAAGUGUUUGAGAAACCUGGAGGAGAGCUUAGCACUCCCACUUGCAGCCUGGCAGGACCUGUGGAGCCAUUAACGGCCGGGGGUCUUAGCGAGAACCACUUCAUUAGAGCACUUGCUGCAGAGGCAGAGAGCAGAGCCGCCAGGGUAAAUUCUGCUUCCACCCCACAAAGGCAGUCACAGGAGAGAGUGGAGAGAGCAGUAAGGAGGCCACUGGAAGGAGCCAGCCCCAGAUUCUGGUUCAUUCAUUCAUUCACUCCUUAGACAUUUGCGGUUUUACUAAGGAAGAACAGGUUUCCUGAGGCCUAGGAAAUCUUGGAGAAUAAAAAGGACUUGGAAAACAAGUUUUAGUAGUCAUUCAGAGGACUCAAGUACUAAUGCUAGGUCUCUUCCCUUCCACCCUCACCCUCUUUCUCUCUCUCUCUCUCUNC